GCCGCCCCUGGCUCAGAGCUGCAGUGCGCGCGCCGCUGUGUGGAUGUUAGUCCGGCUGGAUACGAGCGCGCGCUGGAUGACGGCUUUUACGCACAGGUUCGGCUCUCGGUCCUAGGGGUUCGGCAUCUCCGUGGAGACCGAAUCUUGUUCUCAUGGUGGGACAGUCUCUAGAGGAGUUCGCGGUGGUCCGUUAAAUGUCACCCCCACUCACAAUGGAUUACACGGGGAGCAUGGCGCCGCCGGUGCCGCCGCACAAACCCAAACCCGCCCGGCCAGGACAGGGCCAGGAGCGGCUGCUGAAGUGCGUCCUUCUGGGGGAUGGAGCGGUUGGGAAAACCAGCUUGGUUGUGAGCUACACAACAAACGGAUAUCCAACCAAAUACAUCCCGACGGCCUUUGACGACUUUUCCGCUGUGGUCCAGGUGGACGGGAGCCCAGUGAGGCUACAGCUGUGUGACACUGCAGGACAGGAUGAGUUUGACAAACUCCGCCACUUCUGCUACAGCCGUACCGACGCCCUGUUGCUCUGCUUCAGCGUGGUCAGCCCCGCAUCCUUUCAAAAUGUUUGGGAAAAGUGGGUCCCUGAAAUACGCCGCCGCUGCCCCCUCACUCCCAUGCUCCUUGUAGGCACGCAGUGUGACCUCCGGCAAGACGUUAAGGUGCUCAUCGAGCUUUCGAGACGACGAGAGAGGCCCGUGGCAGAGGAGGACGCCAGAGCGCUCGCAGAAAAAAUUGGGGCCGUCAUGUAUGUGGAGUGCUCGGCACUUACGCAAAAGAACCUGAAGGAGGUGUUUGACGCAGCCAUUUCCGUGGGGCUACGGCACUCUGACCACCGAGCACGGCGUGAGAGAAAGGUCCGCAGCACAGCCGACAAGAUGAAGAUGCUGUCCAAAUCCUGGUGGAAGAAGUAUGUAUGUGUUCAGUAGGAAGGGAGGACUGAUAAAGAUGGACAGAGCUGGAUGUAAGGACUUCUAAAAUGGAUCCCCCAAGAUGAACUUUAGAUCCGUGCAGUCACCAGUCAGCUGGGAAGGUGCGCCCGCUUCCAUGUGGAGUUUGUGGUUUUUGCACAGUUUCCGUUUGCCUAGAGACUGCCGCGUGUUGACACUAAAAAGAGCAAACAGGUUUCAACCACUGGCUGCUUCAAGUGUAACUGUAUUGAGCAUUCAGCCAAAAAAAAAACAUUGCUCCAGUAAAACAAUAUCCUGAAGAAUGGUGUCUUGAAAAAACUCUUGGCCUUUUCCUCAAAUUUGGUUUCAAAUACAUGCAAAAUGUUGUAUUAUAUGUCUUCUACGCUGUCAUACAGACUUACUAGAGAUCUAUUUUUAUUUUUAAAAAAAAUAUUAAAGUAAUGCAAACAGCUCAGCUUACCACUGAAUCAAAGAUGCAAUUAUUCUUUAAAAGCCAGCCCUGCACCUUGCUACACAACCCAACUUUUUUUAUGGAGAAAAUCUGUCAGAUUCAUAUAAGCUAAUACUUCUUUGAGACAAAAUCCAAUGUAUAUGAUUAUAAUUUUCCUAAGGUUGGCGAUAUUUCAAGGAUAUGCAAAGUUAUUCUAAGUUCUAUUCUAUCAGCUGCCAUAGUUGUGUCUCUACAACCACAUUUAGUGUCAAUAUGAGUGUCAGUUUGUUUUUAGAGACAAAUAAAGACAGAGGACGGAGGUUUCAGAAUACAAUCAGAUCCAGGUCUUUCUGAUGAUUAUCCAGCUACUUUAUCCUGGUUUUCUAACACAUCUGCUGUGGGUUUACCUUGACUGAAGGCCUUCAUUUGACCACUUACAGUCAGUUAGUUUUUAUACAUUUAUUUAUUACUGUUACAGCAAAGCAUACAGUAGGUGGUGCCACUGUAAAUUGCACUUAUGAUGCACAGUUCAAGCACAUCACUGAGAUGUGGCCAUUCAUUGACUUUUGGGUCGGUUCAGGACUGGAAAUCUUCAUUUAAAACUGGAUGCCAAACCAGAUAGAAAAUGUAUUUUGAUGCUAACUGAACCACAGAGGGUAUCAAUGACCACAGAUACUUAACAUUCUCAGAGGGCCUUAAGCAGAUUUUGAUCUGUCAAAGUACAUUGGAGUUCUGUCAUAGCUUGAAAUCAGAUUGUAAGGACACUGAUUUCUUGAUUGCUUCUUAUUUUUCAGAAGCUUUUUGCCCCUCUCAUUCUUUUAUCUUCUACUUUUGGCCAGCACCUAUCUGAACACAACACAGAUGUACGGAAUAAUCACAUCUUUAUUUACGUUACAUAGUAAUUGCUGAAGAUAUUUGUAAUUUCAUCAGGAUAACUCUGUGUUUGCAAAUAUAAGUGAUUCUCUGUGCUUUACAACUCUAAAUGGUACUUAAUUGUGUGCGUUUAAGUGUCUGAUUGUCUUGAGAGGAAUGUGUUCAACUUGAAUGAGCAGAACAAAAUAAAAUGGGAAAUAUUUAA